GGAAGAGGACUGUGAGGCAGAGCUUGCAUCAGAGACUGGAGUUGGAAGGCAGAUGGAGGCGGCCAUCGCUGCACAUGAGGCUGAAGUGGCAGAGCUACAAGCAGCCAUCAACUCUGAGCAGCAGGAGGUGCAGGCCUUGCGUGUCCAGGUCGAGAUGCUGCGCUCAAGUUCACAGCAGAAGAAGGAUGGGCAGGCCGCACCAGAGCGCUUUGCAGAGGCUUUGGAGUGGUGCAGCGAGGUGACGGCACUGAUCAACACGCUCGUCGGGGUCAGCAUCCGCCGCAUUGAGGAGGAUCAACUCACCAUUGGCCUGAUCACGCAUGCAGACCCUGGCUGCGACGCCAACUUAGAUGCGCCGCCACAGAGGUGGGAGCACGAGCUGGCGCUGAUGCUGGAGCCCGGCAAGGCUGACGUGGCGAAUGCCAGCCUGCAGCCGCCAGACGUGGACAUCUCUGACAUUGCAGCGGCUGCGGAGGGCGGCGCGCGCAGCCUCAGCUUUGUUGUGCGCGAGGUGCAUGCGCGUUUGGCCGACCAGCUCUCCCGGGCGGCAGACAUUGGUGGUACACAGCCCCAAGGAUCCCAGCCAGAAAGUCUCCCUGCAGAUGUGCACACCUGAAAGAACCCUGCUGCGCCCCGCACUUUCUGGCCGUCACAGAGCUGGAUCAAUACUGCUUGUUCUGCUGAAAUGCCUCAUGGAUGUGGAGAUUGAGAGCACUUGACCCAUGACGAC